AUAAUUUGACUGAACUGAUGACGGAGGGCGACCCGGGGAGGAGAUGAUAUGCGAACCAAGAAGAUAAGAUAGAUGUUGUACGGUCCUCUCCCUUUAAAGAAGAACUUGUUUUUGCUGUCAAGGGCUUUAGGGUUUUAGAGUAUAUUCUUCUUCUUGCUAUGUCAGUCUCCUUUCACUCUUCCUACUAUGAGUGUGCUAUUAGACAGCAUAUGGCUACGUGCCCAAGCUUCAAUUCCGCAUUAUUUUGUGCAUUUCCCUUUCAAUCUUCUUCUCCUUCUUUAAUCUUCUUAAAUUUGUCCCGUGUUUCUUCUGCUGAUGGAAGCAGAAACAUUAAAAAUAGAGUUAUAUUUAGCAGAAUUGGCGUUGCGUCAUCUCAUUCCAAUCCGAAUAUUCUCAAGUCCAAGCACAUGUCUAGGUACGGCCUACCGAUUUCACCUUAUGACACAGAGGAAGAUGAUGCUGAAGAAAACGAGGAUGAUGAUUGGUUUUCUGACGAUGAUUCUCCAGGAGAUAAAACAAAAUCGUGGAAUGCAAGCAAAACAAGUCGAGCACGAAAAUUUUGAAAGUCGAUGGGGUGUAAGAUCAUUGAACUCUGGGAAAAGCCUAGAAAUGAACAAAGGCAGGUUUGGCAAAAGAAAAGGAAGAAAUGCCUUAUACAUGAGAAACACUGGCAGUUUUCAUAAUACUUCAAAAUUUUUAGCGACUGCUGGCUCAUCUGCUGGAGAUGCCAAAGAAACGGUACG